AUGGGGGCCAAUGCCGCUGUUCUCAGUCUGAAAAACAAUAUGCUUAAUGGCUCUUUGCCAUAUUCUUUGGCAUCUUUACAAACUCUCAGAGUUCUCUGCCUAUCAAGUAACUUCUUGUCAGGGGAAGUGCCUGAUCUCAGAAACUUGACAAACUUGCAAGUUCUUGAUUUGGAAGACAACUAUUUUGGGCCUCAUUUUCCAAGUAUGCCUUCCAAGUUGGUCACACUUGUGCUAAGAAAGAACAAGUUUCGCUUGGGAAUCCAGACUGCAUUAGGCUCCUGCUAUCAGCUCCAGAAGCUGGACAUUUCAUUGAAUGGAUUUGUAGGGCCAUUUUUGUCAUCAUGGUUGUCACUGCCUUCCAUUAAAUAUCUUGACAUUGCUGAAAAUAAACUCACUGGACUUCUCUUUAAGAACAUGACUUGCAAUUCUGAGCUUGCUUUUGUCAAUUUAUCCUCAAAUCUUUUGUCAGGGGAUUUGCCAACUUGUCUGAAAAGGGAUUCUAAGAGCAGGGUUGUUCUGUAUUCUGGGAAUUGUUUAGUAAAUGAAGAUCAGAAGCAGCACCCUUCUUACUUGUGCCACAAUGAAGCUCUGGCUGUGCGAAUACCACCUCCUAGUGAGGAAAAGCAUAGGAGAACUUAUGGUAAACACGUUGUUGCAUCAAGUGCAGUGGGAGGUAUUGUGGGUGCAAUUGCAGUUGUUGGUUUAGCUUUCAUGGCUGCUAAGAAGUUUUAUAGUGAGCAAACUACUAAAACUCCCCAAACAAGGUUAAUUUCAGAUACAGUCUCAGCAGUGAACACAGCUAAGCUACUCUCUGAUGCAAAAUAUAUAUCAGACACAAUGAAGCUGGGAGCUAGCCUUCCUGCUUAUAGAACUUUUGCUUUGGAGGAGCUUCAGGAAGCCACCCAUAACUUUGAUGAUUCAACAUUACUAGGUGAAGGUUCACACGGACAGAUAUAUAGAGGGAAGCUCCCUGAUGGAACCUUUGUUGCUAUAAGAGGCUUGAAAAUGAGAAAGAGGCAGAGUCCACAGGUCUACACACACCUCCUUGAGCAGAUUUCAAAACUGAGACAUAGCCAUUUGGUUAGCGCUCUUGGACAUUGCUUGGAGUGCCAUCCAGAUGAUUCAGGCGUCAGUAGAGUAUUUCUUAUAUUUGAGUUUGUUCCAAAUGGAACGCUCAGAGGCUGCAUCUCUGAAGGACCUCCAGGACGGAAGCUUACCUGGCUGCAGAGAAUAAUAGCUGCAAUUGGAGUUGCAAAGGGUAUUCAGUUUCUGCAUACAGGGAUUGUUCCUGGUGUUAAAUCAAAUAAUCUGAGGAUAAAAAAUGUCUUAUUGGAUCACGAUCUUCAUGUAAAAAUAAGCAGCUAUAACCUACCUCUUUUGGCUGAAAGCAGGGGAACGAUGGGCACCACAGUUUCUUCUCCGGCACCAAAAGGAAGCAUUCAACCGAGAGCAAGCCAUGAGUGUAAGAAUGAUGUUUAUGAUAUUGGAGUCAUCUUGCUGGAAAUCAUUUUGGGGAGGCCUAUCAUGUUCCAAAAUGAAGUCGGUGUUUUGAAAGACCUUUUACAAGUAAGUUUAACGACUGAUGAUACGGGUCGAAGGAGCAUUGUUGAUCCAGCAGUGCACAAGGAGUGCUCCGAUGAAUCAUUGAAGACAAUGAUGGAGAUAUGUGUGAGGUGUCUGUCCAAAGAGCCAACUGAUAGGCCUUCUGUUGACGACAUUCUGUGGAAUUUGCAGUUUGCAGCACAAGUUCAGGAUUCAGUAAGAGAAGACUAUCUGAGUCAUCAAGGCUCACCAGUUUCAUCAUCCCAACAAGUCUGACUUUCACCUUGCUACCUUUCCAUGAAUUAGAAGUUAGCAGGGCCAGUGUAUGUAAUGUACCAUACAAGAUGUAUAAGUGUUCAGGUUUUAAUGAGGCCACUUUGUCUGCACGUUGUCAUAUCUUAUACUAUAUUCUUUAUGUGUUUAAUGAAAUUCAUUUUCUUAAAA